ACAUGCCCUAUUAAAUCUUAUGUGGAAUAGUAAAGUGCUUUUUUAGAAACCUGGAACUUUCAGAACUCAACACCUGAAAGGAAGCUGCUUCUGGGGUGUGUGGGGAAACACCCUGAAACAAUUCAAUUGCUGCCUCCAAAGUCAAAAAACAGGGAGAGAAUGGCAAGUGUUAACACUGGCAAGUGUUAUGGAGAACUGUCUUUGUCAGCAUCAAUUUAUUAUUGAGCAUUUGUUGGGUCUCUCUGCUUCCACUCCAGACUGCUGCUGAAUUGCUGGUAUGCCCUGCAGUCUGCUCUAAGGAUGAAGGGCUGGAGGAUGCUGGAAAGAGAGAACAAGGGAGAGAUUAUGUCUAAGCCCUUCCCUCUUCCCUCCCUCCUCCUUCUGUCAGGAGGACCACACUGACAGCCCUCCAGGGAGGAAAAGCGGAGAGAGGGAGAAUACAGACUUUGUCUCUCUUUUCAGUUGCCCAAGAAGAUUCAGGGAUGCCUUCCAAGUCUUUGAAAGGGUCUUUGAGUGAGGGAAUCAGUCUAUAAAGGAGAGAGAGAAUAUCAAGAAGGAGAUGCCGGCCAAGAGCAAUUUUAUUACAUCCAUGGAAUCAGGGCAACAAAUGUGCUUUGAUGCUUCUCCAUCACCCAGGAAUGGCAACAAUUCCUCGCAAUGUGUUCUGCUCUUGCUGCUGGGGAGACAGUUGACCCGGACACAGCCCGUGUUUAGCGCACCAGCUUGGCUCUGAUGCUGCUUCUGUGCUGGAGCUCCAGUGACAACCCUCAGAGAUGCCUAUUCUCUCUGGAGGCAGUGACCACGACUACAGCUACAAUUCCUGCACUUCCUUGAACCACCUGUUUCCCAUCUCAGUGGUCGAGACUCCCCCCGCCAAAGGGGUCCACUACCAACGGGCCCAGAGGAUUUACCACCCAGAUCGGCUCGGGACAGUCGAUCUGAAGAGGGAGAUUAUGGUCAACGUUGGCGGCAUCAAGUACCUGUUGCCCUGGAGCACCUUGGACGAGUUCCCCGCAUCCCGGCUGAGCAAGCUGAAGUUCUGCAGCAGCUACGAAGAGAUAAUCCAGCUGUGUGAUGACUACGAUGAAGACACGCAAGAGUUUUUCUUCGACCGGAACCCCAACGUUUUUGGGGUGAUUGUCAGCUUCUUCGCGGCAGGGAAACUGAUGCUCCUCCAUGACACCUGUGCCUUGUCCUUCCAGGAGGAGCUGAAGUACUGGGGGAUCGAGGAGUCCAACUUGGAGAACUGCUGCUUCCGGAAGCUCUUCCAGAAGGCUGAGGAGCUGGCCGAGGUGCGCAGAGAGGAGGAGAUGCAGAUGAGCAAAGUGACGGCCUGCGUCCUGGAAGAGGAGACCAAAUAUGGCCAGUUUAUGAGCAAGCUGAGGGACAUGGUGGAAAACCCCCGGUCGGGCCUCCCGGGGAAAAUCUUUGCUUGCCUCUCCAUCCUCUUUGUGGCCACCACAGCGAUAAGCCUUUGUGUCAGCACCAUGCCGGACUUAAGGGAAGAAGAAGACAGGGGCGAAUGUUCCCAAAAGUGCUAUUACAUCUUCAUCAUUGAGACCAUCUGCGUGGCUUGGUUCUCCCUGGAGUUCUGCCUCCGAUUCAUCCAGGCCAAGAGCAAAUGUCAGUUUUUCAAAGGUCCUCUGAACAUCAUCGACUUCUUGGCCAUCUCCCCAUAUUAUGCAUCCCUCAUUGUGCUGGAUGACGAGCCCACUGAGAAAGACAGCAGGCCGAGUGGGAGCUCGUACCUCGAGAAGGUGGGCUUGGUGCUACGGGUCUUACGUGCCUUGAGGAUACUGUAUGUCAUGCGCCUUGCUAGGCACUCUUUGGGAUUGCAGACUUUGGGCCUCACUGUCCGGAGGAGCGCAAGAGAGUUUGGCCUGCUCUUGCUCUUCCUGUGUGUAGCCGUCACCCUCUUUUCUCCCCUGGUCUACCUUGCAGAGAACGAAUCUGGGAAGAUCCUGGAGUUUACAAGCAUCCCUGCCUCUUACUGGUGGGCUAUCAUCUCUAUGACUACAGUGGGCUAUGGGGACAUGGUACCCAGGAGCGUCCCGGGCCAGAUGGUUGCCCUAAGCAGCAUCCUGAGUGGGAUACUCAUUAUGGCUUUCCCAGCCACCUCCAUAUUCCACACAUUCUCCCACUCCUACUCCGAGCUGAGGAGGGAGCAUGAGCGGCUACAGUCCCGAAUCAUGAGGCUAAAGAACGCCAACACUUCUGGUGAGAGUGACACACUGAAUGAGAGUGAAAGCUUCACUACGGAUGCAACUGGCUCACCCAUCAAGUACAUCUACAAAGGAUAAUGAACACCCUGCUGCAAAAUAAUAAUAAUCUGUGUACUGUAAUGCACAAAGCAAAGCAGUUAGCCCAAGGCUUGCAAUUCGCCAUUUUCAAAUGCAAUUGCUUCUGCAAAAGUCUGCCCGGGUGAAGCUUAAAGCACAUUGCUGAGAACAGUAACAAACAAUGCUCAGGCAGUACCAGCAAUGGCAGGGAGGGUCUGGGGUACUAAAGAGUGCUGAUGAUGUUAGGAGCCCCACGUAGGAGUCUGGCUUACAGGCUGAGCUAGACAAACACCAAGCUGUGGCCCUAGACUAGAUCAGGGGUGGGAAACCCUUUUCUCAGCCCAAGGGCCAUGUUGCUUCAUAGGAGACCUCCUGGAGGCCACAUGCCAGGGGUGGGCGGGGCCAGGAAAAAAGUGGGUGGAGACAGAGACAAAGGUGAACAGGGCCGGGUGCAAUAGUGGACGGAACAACAGUUGUGUGACUCUUUGCCUCUGUACAAUAGGCUGUGUUCCAAUCAUGCAAAAAGCCAAAGGUUUCUACAUGUGCACAUCUCUACCAGGAGAAACUAGAGGCAUUAUCAAAGUUAAAGGGCAUAUUUUGGCCAGGUAAAAGCACUUCAGGGGUGUGCGGAGCAGGGUCGGUGUGGAGUGUGUGAGGGACAGAGAGGGGAGCAUUUUGAGAGCCAGAUAGAGAGGUAUCCCCUACCCCUAGGAUAGGUGGUGAUGCAUCUUUUCACCAGGUAUAAGCGUGAGACAACUAACCCAUCAUGAAGGCUAGCUGAGCAAGACGGCACUCUUCAUGAAAGGCUUCCUUACAUUAAGGGAGAACGAUAAUGAGCAAACCAAAUGAACAAGACCCUGGAAUGCCUUGAAAGACUUUUUGGAUAUUGACUUUUGACCUUUCCCUGCAAACCAGAGGUUGUGUUUCAACUUUAAAAUGAGUGCACAGCAUCACACAGAUCUCACUUUCCCAAAAAUAUGUAUGCACAUAAUCAGAGUUUCCAGUCUCAACAGUUGCAAAGUCCAGUAAUCAAGGCAAGUGGAAACAUCAUGCCAACCAAAUAGACAUGGAGGAAAAGACACUCCAUUGCUAGGUUAGUACACGAGGUACCAUUUGUAUCGCAGGAUAGGCAGCCCACAGAGCAAUAAAAGUAAGCUAUCCUGACCCACUUUCCUGGGAGUAAGCCCCAUUUAAAUGAAUGGGACUUACUCCUGAGUGGACACAUGCAGGAUAGCAAUGUAAAGAGACACAUUGCAGGAUAGCAAUGUAAAGAGAACAUGCAGUUAGAACUGGAGUGGUGAACAUAGCCCAGAAGCCACAUUCUCUGGUGGACAACCAUCUGGGGGCCACAUGCCAUAGGUGGGUGGGGCCAGGUGCAAAAGAAGGCAUAAGCAUAAAUGGAAAUUUUGACUUUGUAUAGCAGGCUAGUUUUUACACACACAUGUGCACCCCUCCAUCCAGGCAACUGGGAAGCAUGUUCAGAAUUCAAGGAUACAUUGUGGCCAGGCAAACACACUCAAGGAGAGUGCAAAACAGGGGCUGUAGGGAGUUGUUGUUAGGGAGGGGUGUUUGACCUGGGAAGAAUACCAAGGGCUAGACAGAGAGGGGUGGUGCAUUUGACUCCCAGGCCUGAGAUUUCCCAUCCAUGAGUCCGAGAGAGGUUACAUAAGAAUGCAAGACAGAUCCUGUUGGAUCAUACCAAAGGUCUAUCCAGUCUUGCAUUCUGUUACUCAGUGUAGACCACCAGAGAAGCCCAGAAGCCAUCUCCUUUUCCUGCUCUCACACCCCAAUUGUUAUUUGGUGGCAUACUAACUGGAGAGUCUAUCACGGCUAACACCCUCUGAUUGAUAGCUUAGUUGCCCAUAAAUUAAUGGCAUGCCAUGUGAAGAAGUCCUUUCUUGAUCCUGUCCUGAACCUGCUGCCAAUCAACAUCAAUGGCUGAACCAAAUUCCAUUUUUUAUGGAAGGCCAGUCCUUCCAUUAGGCAGAAUGAGGCGGCCACCUGAAGCAGCUGAUUUUGGCUGUCAGGGAAGGGCAGCAAAUGAUUAGUUGUUUCAUUUGUUUUAUUAGUGCCAGGAAAGGGAGAGGAGCUUGUAGGAUUUCCUGCCUCAAAUGCCAAAAUAACUUGGCUAGCCUUGGGUAUUAUGCGCCUUGACUUAAUGUCUUGAUCCAGUCCUGUGGAGAGGGAGAAAAAUUUACACUGCACCAGGCACCAAUUUGUUAAUUUUACCAGCAGUCACUCUGGUUAAGAGGGCUUUACACAGAACUUAUAUCCAAGAGCUAGAUCAGGCACCAAUCAUACGAUGCCUGCCUUAUUGCAAGUCAAAUCAUUGUUCCAUCUAGUCCAGUCAUGUCUUCAUUGAUAGAGGCAUCCCUACCAUUAGGCUGAAGGGGGUAGCUGAUCAGGUGGCAUAAAUGUUGAAGGAUAGAGUUGUGUGCUACAUGUCUUGCACUGCAGUUCACAGCUAGCCUACUGCUGUGGUGGGUGCUGUCCGGUCAUCAGUGCUGAAAUAGGAUUCAGCUACCAGUCUAGUAGGCUUUGUAACAUGGACUUGAGCCUUGGAGGACUGCUUUCUUGCCAUUCAUCUCAGAUGGCAAAAUGUAUUGGAUCAGCCCUGGCUCUGACUGGCAGAGGAUUUCCAAGGUCAGCCCAGCUUCCUACAAUCCUUUAACUCAGCGGUAGUCAACCUUUUUAUACCAACCGCCCACUAAUGCGUCUUUCUUGAUGGUAAAAUUUCCUUACCGCCCACCAGUGCU